CAAGACAGCGCAAAAUCAUGGCGGAUUGACGUUGAGUGACAAAAUUUGUUUUCUAACUAUUUUCUCGCGUUCUUUUGCACUACAUUGUACAUAAACCGUGGCAAACGAUGUGGCCAACAACUGUGGAUAUGACGAGAGACGAGUGUCGCAGUGUUUUGAGGCGUUUGGAAUUGGACGCCUACUCGAGUGUGGUGAGCACCUUCCGGGCUCAGGGUCAUCUGACGGAGAGGAAGAUGGGCAUACUGAAGGAUCUGCAGGUGAUCCUCCACAUCUCAGUGGACAGGCAUCGCUGCGAGGCUCGCAGGGUGGCGCACGAUGAGGAGCUGAACACGGUGGCCACGAAGAUGUGUGGCCCCAACACGUCACACGAGUGGAGCCGCGAGGGACGACGGACGUUCCCGUUCUUCCCGCGGGACACAAUUCACACCGCGCUGACGCCAAUCGCGGACGCGGCCGUGGCGGAAGGAUCGCGACAGAAUUCAAUGCUGCCACAUCCCUCAGACACGGAGAGACUGUUCAAGCCACUCCUGCACACGUCCUCAGCGCCAGUGGUCAUGGAGGGUGAGUUUGUGCCGAGAAUGACGCCGCGGAAGGAUGGAAAACGUUCAGUGGCGUCGCAAGAGAGUUUUCCACUGGCCAAGAAGCGAUUUGUUCAAGCCUCACCCAGUGGGAAGGGCAAGGAAAUGCUGGAGAUGCGCCGAGAGUCGCCGGAGAAGAAGACAAGCGCCAAGCGAGUGAAGAAUCUCAAGUGGACAUCGCCGAAGAAGUCUCCGCUGUCGGACAGUGAGAAGAGCAAUCUGGCCAGCAGAAUUAUGCACUCCUACGCGAGUCCUGCUCCACUUCCUGCCACGCUGAAGCGCACUGUGAGUGAGAUAAAGUCUCCGCUGGAGGAGAGCGGAAGGACGCCAAUCCAAUUGUUGCCCCAAAUUGCCACAUCGAAGAAGGACAUCACGACGAAUCUGACGAAACUCAGUCAACUGGGAACGUCUGCCGGGAAGGCGGUGGUGAAGAAGAUUGACACUCCUCCGGGUGAUGUGAUGAAUGCCGAGAAUUGGCCAGAAGAGGAGCGACAAUCGAGAGUUUCUGUGGCUGUUCAGGGCGCCGUGAAGAGAGUGAACUUGACGAGCAACUCUCUGGCCACAUUGAUUGCGGCCAAUGGUGGGAAUAUUAUCAAGAAGAUCCCGUCGAGUGUCACGAGCGCCCUGCAGAGUGGCAUUGCGAAAACACUCAACUCCAGUGUGGUGACAACAACAGUGACUGCUGGUCAGCCUGUGCGUCCCAAAGUGAAGAUCAUCAGUCAGCAAAUCACACCGGCGCCUCUGACGCCGGGCACGCAGGUGAAGAUUCCGGCGGGAUUGAACCUGAAGACGCUUCAGGGGCGGCCGGAUAACAUCAAGAUCGUCACGGGGCCGUCGGGGAAGAUGGUGCUGAAGGCGGUGAAUGAUCCGGUGAAGGCCAAAGUGGCGCCAGCCAAGACCAUUCAGACAUUUGUGCUUCCGCCACCGGCCAAAGCCAUCACGCCGCCGGCGAAUGCGGCCAACAGUGUGUUCAAGAUCAUCAAGGAUCCCAAAGUGAUCACAGUGGAGCCGAUGGAGAACAAUGUGGUGGUGCUGGAUGUGCAGCAGGAGCAGAGUGUGCAGCAGGAGGACGUGCCAUUUGCCAGUCAGAUCACCGAAGACACGCCCGUGGACAUUCUCCCAGCCAAUGACGAUGUCCUGGACUCGGCCAGGGCCAAUUUGCGGACCAUUCGCGUGCCAAAGCGGGCGAAGGUGGUGACGACGGAUUGGGAGGAGGAGCUGGACACGCAGACGAAUCACAUCCGGACGCGGCGCAAGAGUGGCGACGACGAGGAGAAUUCCCUGGAAUACACAUAUCUGUCCGAGGGGCCAGAGGAGCAGAUUGAGGAGGACGAAGUGACGCUGGGGAGCAAUUCUGCCGAUCUGGUGGACGAUGCUAUUGUGGAGGAGGAUUUCCACGACGAGGAGACACCUGAGGAAGACAUGAACAGCAGUGGAAUUCCCAAAAUCUCCAUCGACACUCUCAUUACGGCUGGGCAAAUUUUGGAAUCCAACGAAAUGGCAAUGCGAGAGCAAGAAUGCAGUAGUAUUGAGUAGAUUUUAUCAUCUCAUAAUUGAUAUUUUUCUCAUUUUUUUCAUGUCAUGAAAGAGAAAUGCAAAUCGUUCAUUAUACAACUUCUUAAUCUUUUACGGAGGCCAAGAUUUUCCCUAUUUUUUCGGAGAACUUUUGUUUGAUUUAUUGAGACUAUUUCUCUAACAAACAGCAAUUUCUCCCCCCCCCCCCAUUUUUUUGUUUGUCAUGUGUCACAUUUUAACGUGUACAAAGUGAAAAUAAUAAAACACUAAAUGUCGAUUUAAAAGGAUUUUUCAAUAUGGAGAAAUUCACUGGA